UGCAGCUUCACUAUGCUGCGCAUCAAUAACAACAAACCUGGAUGCAUUUUAUGGAUAAUUUGGAACCUUUCUGGAAUAAAAACUAUGAGGCCUGAGACUGAAGUCUAAAAAUUGCACUAAAGGAAUUCAGUGCUAACAGCUAUGGCCUCCCAGCUCCAGGCUUUCUCCUCUCCGUCGAUUUCCUCCAGUGGCCUCUCGCACUCCAAGAAGCUCAAGCUGGAAAAACCAACAUGGGAUGUCGAGAGUGGCUAUGGCUUGCAAAGCCCCGGCCAACCCAGUGCAUCAUCACCUUCAGCUUCAGAUUUUAAUGCCAACUAUGGCUCCAGCAGCCUUGGUUAUGCCCCAUCCAAUGGCCCCCGUUCGCAAACAGUGGUAAGAGCUCCAGACAGCACCGGCAGUGUCCCUGGACCUUCCUCAUCCUCCUCUUUGUCAUCCUCAUCAUCUUGUCGAAAAAAUGUGUACCAGAAGCAGAGUGGCAUGAAGAGAAAGAGCGAGGAGGCAGAGAGCAGCGACAGUGUGCAGAUCCUGGAGGAGCUCUCGGCCCCUGUGCUGUCCAACCGUGCUGGAGGUGGAGGAGGAACCACCACGGCACAGUCCAUUGCUCACUCCACCUCCACAGCUAAGAGCAGCAACUCGCACAGCGAGGGUGAUUACCAGCUGGUGCAGCAUGAGAUCCUAUGCUCUGUCUCCAACAGCUACGAGGUGCUGGAGUUCCUCGGCCGUGGAACCUUUGGCCAGGUUGCCAAGUGCUGGAAACGUGGCACCAAUGAGAUUGUGGCCAUCAAGAUCCUGAAAAAUCAUCCAUCCUAUGCUCGACAGGGUCAGAUCGAGGUGAGCAUCCUAAGCCGGCUGAGUACAGAGAACGCUGACGAAUUCAACUUUGUCCGCUCGUAUGAGUGUUUUCAGCACAAAAGUCACACCUGCCUAGUUUUUGAGAUGCUGGAGCAGAACCUCUACGACUUCCUAAAGCACAGCAAGUUCAGCCCACUGAUGCUAAAGUGCAUUCGGCCUGUCCUGCAGCAGGUGGCCACUGCUCUGAUGAAGCUCAAAAGCUUGGGUUUAAUCCAUGCUGAUCUCAAGCCUGAAAAUAUCAUGCUGGUGGAUCCCAUCAGACAGCCGUACAGGGUCAAGGUGAUAGAUUUUGGUUCAGCCAGUCACGUCUCAAAGGUGGUGUGUUCUACCUACCUGCAAUCCAGAUACUACAGAGCUCCUGAGAUCAUUUUGGGUCUGCCAUUCUGUGAGGCCAUCGAUAUGUGGUCUCUGGGCUGUGUCAUUGCUGAACUCUUUCUUGGAUGGCCACUCUAUCCUGGAGCUUCAGAAUAUGAUCAGAUCCGUUACAUCUCACAGACACAGGGUUUACCAGCAGAAUACCUCCUGAGUGCAGGCACCAAGACCAACCGCUUCUUCCACAGAGGUCCAGAUGCUAGCUACCCACUGUGGAGGCUUAAGACACCUGCAGAGCACGAGGCAGAACUUGGUAUCAAGUCCAAAGAAGCUCGAAAAUAUAUCUUCAAUUGUCUGGAUGACAUGAUGCAGGUUAAUAUGACUAGUCUGGAUGGCACAGACGUUUUGGCUGAAAAGGCUGACAGGCGGGAGUUUAUUGACUUGCUGAAGAAAAUGCUUGCACUCGAUGCAGACAAAAGGAUCACGCCGAUGAAGACCCUCAACCAUCCGUUCGUGACCAUGACCCAGCUGCUGCACUUUCCUCAUAGUGCACACGUGAAGUCCUGCUUUCAGAACAUGGAGAUCUGCAAACGCCGCUGCACCGCCUUCGACAACAACAAAAACCUGUUUAGCAGCAGCAGUGGGCCGAGUGCGGCCGCUAACCUUACUGUCACCUUCAGCAGCCAGCUGAGUCAGCACAGUCAGAUGGCUCCCUCUGGUGGUCCAUCCCUGUCUUUGAGCAGCAAUGUUCCUCUGCUGAACUACCAGCCUGGUCUGUACCAGCAAGCCACCAUCAACAUCCCGGGUCUGACGCAGCAGAGUGUGCCACUGCAGACCAGACACACACAGCUGUGCACACAGACUGAACCCUUUCAGCAGACACUAAUAGUCUGUCCACCCACCAUACAAGGGCUUCAGCCUUCUAGCAAACAGUCUGGGUAUCCAGUGAGGAUGGACAACUCUGUUCCAAUGGUCCCCCAAAACCAGUCCACCCAGUCCUUGCACAUCCAGCCUGGCAUGCUGACCCAGGGCACCUGCACACCACUGAUGUUCGCUGCCCCACACCCCCCUGCAGCAGGAGUGCCCCCCCUUUACCCAGUGGCCCUGGCACUGGGCUGUUCAUCAGCAAUAGCCGGGCAUCUGGAGGCAAGCACAGCCAUGCUGCAGGGCUGGCCUGCAGGUGCUCAGCAAAUCCUUAUUCCGUCCACCUGGCAGCAGAUGCCCGGCAUGGCCAUCCAUGGUACAGGCCAAUCUGUUCUUACAGACUCUCCUAUGGGGUCGCUGCUGGCCGACAGCUCUGGCCAGUCCAACACCAACUGGAGGGGACGACAUGGCGGUCAGUGUGACGGCAUGCAGCAUGAGACCUCACAGACGGGAUGCCAUGUGACCUCACAGUCUCUUAACAUAGUUGGAACCAACAGCCGCGCACAGCAGAGCGGUGUGAAGAGGUCAAAAGGUCGCUAUGCAGAGAACAAAGCCAGGCCUGUCUGCUCUGGGCUGCAGAAUAUUGGUGACCCAUCUCAGCCAAUUGUCAUUUCCGACACACCCAGCCCGGUUGUCAGCAUCAUCACUAUUCCCAGUGACACAGAGGAUGAAGAUGACACCAAAGUCCCGCCCACCAGUGUGAACCAGCGAGCGAACGUCAUCAGCUGUGUGACGGUGCAUGACUCUCAGGACUCGGACUCGUCCAACUGCAGUCCCCUCAGUCCCAAACGUCCGCCCAACUUCACAGAGACCAGUGGCUCCAAGUCUCUGGCUGUUGUGAUGCCCACUCUGAAAUCUCAGCCCUGGGAAGGAGCAACCCAGGAGCAAAACAGCUCAGCCUCUGGGAAAUCAAAGAAGAGUUCGGCGGUGCAGUCUUCCAGGUUAGGAGUGUGGAGUGCUGAGCGGCAUCAAAGAACAGUGACCACCAAAUCUCAGCCCCUCAACCUGAGCCAGGUCCAGCAGCCUGCAAUGUCAUCACACGACAGAUCAGGGGGCGUAUCCCUGAGACGUCAGCCCACCUAUCCUCCUGUCGGUCCAUCACGCUCCUACAGGCUGCAUGAGGCCUCCCUCUUUAGCUCCGCCCCUAACCUGUACGCCUACCCGGCCUCAGCAGCUCUGGCCUCGGUCUCUCAGGCUGUGGAUCAGAUGCACCACGCGGCCGGCUCUUCCUCCUCCUCCAUCAGGCACACCCGCGCUGCAGGUCCUUACUCCGCCUCUCUGAGUCUCCUACAGAAAAGCAGUGCCAUGGACCUGAUGAGUCAAUCAGCCUCGCACUGCCAACAGCAGCAGCUGCCCGGGCAGCCGUACCCCCUCAGCCAGAGGAAACUCAGCCAGUACCCCUAUCUGUGAGAGAUGAUGGCAAGUCUGGGCAUCAAAAUCAAACGAUUAUGAAAAUGAAUACUUACAUUUCCUGUAUGAUUUUAAUGUUAGUUUUAAGUGGUAUUUUUUUAUUUUAAAUCUUGGUUAAGUCCAGUGUGGAAUUAAUAUCUA